AUCCAGUCUACGCAUUCAGUACUCGAAUCAGUGUUGCUCAAGUCGCGCCAGUGUCGACACGCGAACACGGUGCAUUGAUUUUUUAGCGAAACUCGGUAUCGUUCCGUGUUUCGAACGGUUCAGUGAUAGAUAGAAGUGAAGGAUCCGAGUGUACAAGUGUGUGGUUAUGUGGCGGCGAGUGAUAUGACAGCGUGCGCCGCCAGACGGACCCCGGCCGUCUUCAUGAGGAUACUGGUGACAAGCCUGGCCCCGAGAUCAUGGUGGCUCCCGAUUCCGAGGCUCCUUCGAAUCCUCGGAUAGCGGGUGCCGCGCGUGAGAGCCCCUCCGCCGCCGAGGCGCGCCACAGCACCGACCUGUACAUCCGCACCAGCUGGGUAGACGCCGCGCUAGCGCUUUCUGAACUCGAAAAGGGCAACAUCGAAGGCGGGCGAACGUCGCUGUGGAUCCGGGCCUGGCUGCAGGAACAGCUGUUCAUCCUUGGCUGCUUCCUGCAAGGGGACGCUGGGAAGGUCUUGUUCGUCGCCAUCCUCGUGCUCUCGACCUUCUGCGUCGGGCUCAAGUCCGCGCAGAUACAUUCGAGAGUCGACCAACUCUGGGUACAAGAGGGUGGGAGAUUAGAAGCAGAACUAAAGUACACCGCGAAGGCACUGGGCGAAGCGGACUUCUCAACACACCAGCUCAUCAUACAGACCGCUAAGGACCCGGACGCAUCGCUGCUGCACCCGGGAGCUUUGCUGGAUCACCUAAAGGUAGUCCACGCAGCGACCCGAGUGACAGUGCAUAUGUACGACCUGGAGUGGCGGCUGAAAGAUCUCUGCUACAGCCCCAGCAUACCAGACUUCGAAGCGGAACACAUCGAGAACAUCUUCGACAACAUCGUACCUUGUGCCAUCACCACCCCGCUUGACUGCUUUUGGGAAGGAUCCAAGCUACUUGGACCUGAUAAUCCUAUUUACGUACCUAUUCUAAAGAAUAAGCUACAAUGGACGCAGUUAAACCCACAAGAUGUGUUAGAAGAAGUAAAAUCAUUGAAGAUCCAGUUCCCAUGGAGAACGAUGGAGGCUUACAUGAAGAGAGCGGGCAUCACAUACGCUUACAUGAAAAAGCCGUGCCUGGACCCCACCGACCCUCAAUGUCCAGAGACGGCACCCAACAAAAAAUCAGGCCAUAUUCCAGAUGUAGCAGCCGAGUUGUCCCACGGGUGCUACGGUUUCGCGGCCGCGUACAUGCACUGGCCCGAGCAGCUGAUCGUCGGCGGCGCGACGCGCAACUCCACGUCGGCCUUGCGCAGCGCCAAGGCCCUGCAGACGGUGGUGCAGCUGAUGGGCGAGCGAGAGAUGUACGAGUACUGGUCCGACCACUAUAAAGUGCACCAUGUGGGCUGGAAUCAGGAGAAGGCGGCGGCUGUGCUAGACGCGUGGCAGAGGAAGUUUGCAAUUGAGGUCCGCAAAAUGACCACAUCAGAAGCGGUGUCAUCUUCAUACAGCUUCUAUCCCUUUUCAACUUCGACACUCAACGACAUCCUUGGCAAAUUCUCAGAACUGUCCCUCAAGAACAUUAUUUUGGGCUACAUGUUUAUGUUGAUUUAUGUCGCCGUGACUCUGAUGCAAUGGAAAGACCCCGUUCGCUCGCAAACCGGUGUUGGUAUAGCCGGUGUCCUACUCCUCUCUAUCACGGUAGCUGCCGGCCUAGGUUUUUGUGCUUUAUUAGGUAUUCCAUUCAACGCGUCCAGUACCCAAAUCGUGCCGUUCUUGGCCCUCGGUCUAGGAGUGCAAGACAUGUUCCUCCUCACACACGCGUACGUGGAACAAUCUGGAGACGUGCCCAGGGAAGAGCGUACUGGGCUGGUGCUGAAGAAGAGUGGACUUAGCGUCCUGCUGGCUUCCCUCUGCAAUGUCAUGGUGUUCCUGGCCGCAGCCCUCUUGCCUAUUCCAGCGUUGAGGGUAUUCUGCCUACAGGCUGCAAUUCUUCUACUCUUCAAUGUAGGAUCAAUGCUACUAGUGUUCCCCGCCAUCAUCUCCUUGGACCUUCGACGGAGAUCUGCCGCUAGAGCUGAUCUACUUUGCUGUCUUCUCCCCGAAAGCCCGCUGCCUGUCAAACAGAAGAAGAUCAAUGAACGAUCGAGAUCACGGCCUGAAAAAACCAAGACCAAUUGGAAGGAUACCACGAGACAACCGUUAGAUCCAGAUGAAGGCGGCAACACUGAGAAAACCUGCUGUCUGAGUUUAUCUUUGACCAAAUGGGCGAAAAAUCACUACGCACCUUUCAUCAUGAGGCCAGCAGUAAAGGUUACAUCUAUGUUAGCGCUGAUCGUAUUAAUUUUAGCUAGUGUAUGGGGAGCAACUAAAGUGAAGGAUGGUCUGGAUCUUACCGAUAUAGUGCCAGAAAAUACAGACGAGCACGAAUUCCUCUCAAGGCAAGAAAAGUAUUUUGGAUUUUACAGCAUGUACGCCGUUACACAAGGAGAUUUUGAAUAUCCCACGAAUCAGAAGCUGUUAUACGAAUACCACGACCAAUUCGUUAGAAUACCGAACAUAAUAAAGAACGACAAUGGUGGUUUGACGAAAUUUUGGCUUAGCCUAUUUCGAGACUGGCUUCUGGACCUACAAGCUGCCUACGACAAGGAAGUUGAAAGUGGUUGCAUUACCAAGGAAUGCUGGUGCAAAAACGCAAGUGAUGAGGGUAUACUGGGUUACAAACUCAUGGUGCAGACGGGACACGUGGAUAAUCCUAUCGACAAGACACUAGUCACUCUAGACACCAAGAACGGUCACAGGCUAGUCGAUAAAGACGGUAUUAUAAAUCCGAAGGCGUUUUACAAUUAUCUAUCAGCGUGGGCGAGUAACGAUGCUCUGGCAUAUGGAGCGUCACAAGGUAACUUGAAACCUCAGCCUAAGACGUGGAUACAUUCACCUUCUGACACAGAUUUGAAGAUACCGAAAUCGUCGCCUUUGAUAUAUGCACAGCUCCCGUUCUAUUUAUCUGGUCUCAGCGAUACGGAGAGCAUAAAGCAGCUGAUAAUGUCAGUCCGCGAGCUGUGUUUGAGAUUUGAAGCGAAAGGAUUGUCUAAUUUCCCGUCUGGUAUUCCGUUCCUGUUUUGGGAGCAGUAUUUGUACUUAAGAACUUCGCUGCUCCUAGCCCUGGCUUGUGCGUUAGCUGCUGUAUUUGUGGCUGUAAUGGUUUUGCUUCUAAAUGCGUGGGCAGCGUUACUAGUGACUCUGGCGUUAGCGACCUUAGUGCUACAACUACUGGGGACGAUGGCGUUGUUGGAUGUCAAGCUUUCUGCAGUACCAGCGGUCUUACUAGUUUUGGCCAUCGGGCGAGGCGUGCAUUUCACCGUACAUUUGUGUUUGGCAUUCGUAACCUCCAUUGGCUGUCGACGGCGGCGCGUGGCGCUGGCACUAGAAGCAGUCUUAGCCCCAGUGGCCCACGGCGCGCUGGCUGCUGCACUAGCGGCCGGCAUGUUAGCCACCAGCGAGUUUGGCUUCGUGGCGCGGCUGUUCCUGCGGCUGCUGUUAGCGCUGGUGCUGCUAGGGCUGGUGGACGGCCUCCUCUUCUUCCCCAUAGUGCUAUCGCUGCUAGGGCCUGCGGCUGAGGUUCGACCUCUAGAGCAUCCAGAGCGUCUGUCCACCCCCUCACCGAAGUGCUCGCCAGUGCAACCUCGGAAGUCCAGCUCGAACAAUACCAGCAGCGACAAAUCCCGCGCCAAGUCUUCCGCGGCGCGGCCUAGCGCACCUUCCCUCACCACCAUCACUGAAGAGCCUCCAAGCUGGCACAGCUCUGCUUCCUCAGUGCAGUCAUCGAUGCAGUCCAUCAUGGUCCAACCAGAGGUGGUGGUGGAGACGACCACGUACAAUGGCAGCGAUUCUGCCUCGGGACGGUCCACGCCAACGUCCAAACCGCAUUCUGGUGCUAUCACUACGAAGGUGACGGCAACAGCGAACAUCAAAGUGGAAGUGGUAACUCCUGGCGACAGAAAAUCACGAAGAACAUACCACUACUACGACCGCCGACGCGACCGCGACGACGACCGUGAGGACCGCGAUCGCGAGCGGGACCGCUACCGCGACCGCGAGAGGGAGCGAGACCGCGAAAGCAUGCGGGACAGAGAGAGAUCGCGAGAUCGCGACCGCAGGGACCGGUAUCGAGACGACAGAGACCACCGCGCCUCCCCAAGGGAGAACGGCAGGGACUCUGGCCACGAGAGUGACUCCUCUAGACAUUGAAGCUCAGACUGUUGUGUCAGGUGAAUCUUGCGUCGUGUUAACACGUUAAAUACUAUUGUAUAGUUAGUUGAGGAAUAGCAUAUCAUCGUAUGCUCGGAUGAAGUGACAUCUUUACUUAUUGUAGAAUGUCAAUAGUUGAGGGCGUGAAUCGUGUCAUGUUUUUGUUCGCAACACAGCUCAUGUUCAACGCCUUAAGACAGUAUUACGAUGGUUAUUUUAAGCUAAGUUUUUAUUAAACAACGAAUAUAGUGGAGGCUACAUUUAUUCGGUGCGAAGUGCUAGUAUCCGAUUCACAGCAUAUGCUUUAUUGUAUACAGAGUGGUACUGAAAUCAUUCCAAUGAGGGUCGCACUAGUACUUCUUCGGGGUUGUUUCUAACCAGUAACAAACAAUAAAGCUCAUCCAUUUGUCUUAGACGCGUAAUAUUAUUUUGAAGCUGUACAAUAUUGUUCACUUUUGUAAUCGGCAGCUUUUCUGAAUGUGAUGUAUUAGAUUGUAUUUACUGGUGGGAAACACUCCUCUGCAUUCACGGGCGUGAAAAGAGUGGAAAAUGUUGUGCAUUCUAAUUGUAAAGACCAAAUAUCAUUUUAAGGACGUCAUAAUGUAUUUUGUUUCGCGUGUUCCUAUAUAAAGACAUUUCCAUUGUCGUCACGUGCUACUCUUUGUUACAAUUAACUUCCCCUAAGACUGUGGUCAUAUAAUUUUAUUAAUUUAUCAUAUUAUUUAUUUUUAUUAUGUAUAAUUUUAUUGUUCUGUCACCAGAAAGAUCUGUGGAAAAUCUCAGAUUUAUUGUACAAAUUAAUUAGGUCUAAUAUUAGUCUAGGUACCUAUUUAUGAGAUUAUUUAGUGUUCUAAAUAUACCUUAUCUGUAUUUUUGUGAUCUUUAGGUAAACAUUUAAGACUGCAUUUAACGAUCAAAACACAGUAUUCUGUGGUUAAGUAUCACCGGAGCAAUGCGGCAUUUAGGAUCAAUAUGAACUGACAGAUAUACUGACCUCAGUAGAAAAACAAAUUAAUAAAUAGAGUUGUGACGUUUUGUGCAAAGUACUUAUUAGAUUGUAUUAAUUUAUGCGUACCUAUGUAAGUUAACGAUAUUCUGUAAAUAUAGAAAUAACUAUCUGUAACAGUAACGUAGGCGCUGUGCCCGCGCCGCGGCGGGUGAAUACUUUUGUAUCGUUUAUUUUUAUACAAAUUUAACUGACAUAUUGUCGAAAAACUAUAGAUGGUAACCCAAACGAAGUGUUUUAUUAGUAUGUAUCGUUUUAAAAUGUUAAACUAAGAUUAUACCGACAAUGCUUUCCUUCAUUUUAUACAAUUUAUUUAUUUUAAUCUGUUUUGGACAAAUAUUGCUCAAAAAUAUUUGAAGCUCAAACACAUUUUAAACUCAAUAAACUUUUAUUCUCUCAUUAUAGAUUUUCCCAUUUCCCAUCUAAUCUGUCUUUAACGCUGUUUUAUUACCAAAUCUUGUACAAUGUUUGUUUUCAUAUUAGUCUAUUGUUAUUUUUACGAUGUACGUUGUGGAAGUUUCAACACUCUUGAGAAAUUAUUGCCUACUAUUUUCUCUGCAGCAUUUAUUAAAAAUGCCAUGUGAAUCAAAAUAAAAUGUCAACUAUA